AUGUAUUCUUAUCUCUUCGCAUACAAACAUUAUUAUCACACAAUGACACUUUACUGUAGGAUAAAUAUAAAGGGAUAACAUAUGAUAGAUAAAGAGGGAGACAUUCAAAUGUCGUAGGUGUAUCUUUGUAUGAAUGAUGAAACUCCGUUUUAAUUUAAAAUUUUGCUAAAGACGUGCUUUAUUGUACGUUUAUUUAAUGAUCAUCCAAUGUGAAAUAAAGAGAUUUCAGAUUUUAUUAAUGCAACUCAUCGAGAUGUUAUCUGUUAAUAUUAGGAACUAAUCACUCGUUUAGUUAAAAUAGAUAGAUACUAGCAUACCUUUUUCCUUGAACGAUCAAUCAAUUAUAUUUUUAAUAGAGAUGAAAUAAUCCAUUCUUCGUAGCCGUAUAAAUAUAAAUUUAAAGAUAAUUUUCUUUUAAUCGAUGAACACGUUUUAGGAUGAUAUCACUAUCCUGUAUAAAGAGUAAAUAUAAAAAAGCUAUAACAUGCAAAUGAUUUAUUUAUACGUUUCUAUUUAUUUUUAAAGUGCACAGUAACAUUGUCGCUUUUAAAAUAUAAAAAAGAAAUUAUUCGGAGCAUCUUUUUAUAUUAAUUAAAAAUUGAAUCAGGAAGAAGUGACACUGCUACUGUACAAGUUCGACUAAUACACUUAACUAACGUCAUACUUCGUAUCGUGCCAGAAUACUUGCAACCGAUUUGGACCUAGUUCAAUUCACUUCGAAGGUUGUCGUGGCGAAUAAGAAACACUUGUUGUUUCUUGCCAAGGUCAUGGUGGACGAUGUUAAACAAAUAAAAUAAAACAAUUGUAAUAUCGUUUAUUGAUAAAAACGCGAUCAUGUCGUAUUAUCUCACAAAAUCUUGGCUAUAUAAAAUCCAAUUUCUUGUUGCGAUAAGUUUUACGCAAUAAAAAUGGAAAAGUUGUAUGCAUAAAAAUUAUACAUAUGUAUAUCGUUCCAUGUCUCAUUUAUUAUUUUGAUGUUCGAUCGAUAUUGUAAUGAUCGAUGUAACGAUUCGAAUAUAAUGUUUUAAUUAUAUGUUAUGAUUUUUCUUACAGAAAAAUAUAGAGUAUAUGCCAGCAUAUCCUUCGCGGUAAUACUCUUAGGAAUUGGUGUUCCAUUAUGGUGGUACAUGACAACUGUACCACGGGUGGCACUUCCCUAUUUUGGAAUCGAUGAAUUAUCAAAUUUGGAAAUUAAAAUCAAAACGAAGAUUAUUGUUGCUGCUCUCACCGAUGAAAGAGCAAUUACAUUAACUGAAGAAAUAAGAAGAACAUUUGAAGCCAGUGAGAUUUACGAUUUGGAAGUUGUAUAUCAAGUGGUAUCUAGCAAUCUUUUGGCAUUAGCUUUCGCCCAUCACGAGUCGGAAAAAAUCGCUUCUACCUUCGAUUUGGAUGUAGGCAAUCUUUUGCUCUUAGAAUCUCCAAAUCUAAAUGAUGCCGUACUCGUUGGCUCUAAAAGGACUAUAUACUUCUCUAUCGAGACAAGCAAUGAAAAAUUGGUACAAGUGCUAUCCGAAUGGAUCCUUCGUGAGAAAUCGUUAAAUCUUACUAAAAAUGCGCUUACAAAUCCUACAGAUUACAGUCUUGACGAAGAAAAUAGACGGAGAUUUCCUGCUAGUUCAGCUUAUGAUGUUUUAAUAACUAUAGUGAAUCCCGAUCCUGAAACACUAAAAGUCAAUUGGGAUCUUCGGACAAUGACCGAGGAGUACAUAGAGCCAUUCCUCGAUCAAUUGUCGAUGGUAAGCAAUUUUUCGGUGAAGUCACAGUGGUUAUAUUUAUUACCACUAGGCGUUAAUCCAAUACGUGUUCCCGACAGUAGCUCGCAGGGUAGACAUUAUGGUCUGGUGGAAGAUGUUUUACCACAUAUUGUAACACCAUUAGAAAAAAAAUUAGCAUCUCAAGUGAGUCUUCAUCCGUGCAUAAAUUUUGUAGCAUACAUAGUUCCAUGUGAUAAUGCUCCUUUAUACAUUUAUACGCGUAAUGGUCACAAAUCAACGAUUGAUAGUGGCGUUGAAGCAUUUUUAUCUCCAAGAUGGGGUGGUGUUGUGCUCACUAAUCCUUCAUUUGAAGCAUGCGAAGCUGCAGCACGUGGUAAAGCUACUACCAUUAUUCCCGACGAAGCCACUAUCAUCGGGACGUUUCUUGCACAACUAAGAUUGCUUUUAGGCAUUCCAGAAAUGAAGCCUAUAAGCAGUGUAACCGUAGUACCACUGGUUGGAUUGAAAUCACGUGAUUGGGAAGUAGAUGCUUUGCUGCGAGUUCGUGCCAUGGAACAGUUAACUUCUGCUAAGUUAACAUUGCAAUCAUUAGCUCAACUUCUCACAGAGAUCAACCGUAUCGUUAUUACAGAUGUUGUAGGAAAUAGAAUAAAAGUUGCGUUAGAUUUGGUGGAACGUUCUGCUGAACUCCUUAGACAUGGUGAUCUUAUGAAUGGUUUUAUUCUUAGUAAAGAUGCAUUUAUUACUGCCGAAGAAGCUUUUUCCGAUCCAACUUUGUUAGCACUUCUUUAUUUUCCAGAAGACCAAAAAUAUGCUGUAUAUACACCUUUAUUUUUACCGGCAAUGAUUCCUGUCUUGUUGUCUCUUAAAACUAUAUUACAAUAUUACAGAGGUGGAAAAACCGAUGCGAAAAAGGUAACUACUCAAAAUAAAACGAACAAAGAUUCGACGAAAGUAAAAGAUGAGAAAGUACAGUGAUAUAAAUUAUUUAAUUUAAUAUAUUGAGAUCUACGAGCAAUUUUUAUUUGAAAUAAAGUAAAAGUUGAAGGGG